AUGCCGAAGGAUCCUACCAAACCGAAAAAACCUACGAAGGCCCAGAAGGUCAAGGCCAACAUUGAUAUAGAAGUCGAGUUCUUCGUUCAAGCGGCUCACUUACGAAACAAGAUCACCCUAGAGAAGCAGAGCGCGUUGGUCUCCACCGGCACCAGAGUCAGCGAACGGGGAGAGUGGAGUACUGAGCAGAGGUUGUUUCUCGAUGGUCAUGCUCCUGACCUCACUAAGCGUAUGCCGGACAAGAACUACACCAACUUCUGGUCGCCGAUAUACGCGAAGUUUCAUACCAACUGGUCCGAACAGCAGUUUCUCUUUCCAGAACUCCCCAAGGACGCUAUUCUUACCAAAUUUCAAGAAGCUGCUCUGAAUCGAGGUGUUGAACUUCGGCGCAAUCAAAUCUACAACCAUAUUCGCUGGCUUGCUCGGAAUGCCUUGGCAUCCAAACCUCGCGCUGUACUAGCAGGCAGCACUGCUAGGCAUCUCAACAGGAUGAUUAAACAGAACAGCCGCGUCAGCAAAGACUGGGAGAUGUUCUGGAGGCUCAAGCGCCCGGAUCUCGAAGUCGAUUUGCAAGCACGUCUCGACGCUCUGGGUCAUAAACCGAGUGGCGCUGAGAUCUUGGCAGCUAGCAAGGCAGCAGCCGAAAAGGGUCUUGCAUCGGCGUCUGCGGAGCUUCUUCAGGAGAUCGCGGAGAACAAGGCGAAGCAGAAGGAGAUACUCACAGGUGAGCUACCAGAUAAUGACCCCCUCUUCGUCGAGAUGGUCAGAUCCAACGUACGAACGAUCGUACCAUCACUGCAAGCUAUCUUAGACUAUAUUUCCUCAACAACCGUGGGUGGAGAAUCAAAGGGCGUCUGCUUCUCUCUUGUUGUAGGCUGCUAUGACCCUGUCACUGGGGAGCCGUCGGUUGGCAACGUUCACGUUGGCCUGGACCCUCUUGGUCAGAGCUUCGAACAUAUUUCGCCGGAGUGGAAGCAGAUGCGGGAGGCCUACAAGGUAUUCAUGAAGACUGCUGCACCCCCGUUCAAGGGCCCGAUAGUCAUCCCUGAAAACAUAGGCGAUGACGUAGACGAGGGGGAGGAGGACAGCGAAGGCGCGACAGGGGAAUGUGGAAGCGCCGUGCUCUCUCUUCACGAGGAUGGUCUUUAUAAGAUGGACGUCGCAGAAGAUCCUUUGCCCGGCUCUGCCGUUGCGGGUGGUGUACCAGACAAUGUUGGCGCAUCAGUCGUCAUCGGUGCACCGGUGAAUGUUGGUGCACCAGACUCCUUCGGAGGAUCAGACAGCGCUAGUUCAGACGGCGCUGGUGCACCGGAGAAUGUUCGUGCACCAGACUCCUUCGGAGGAUCAGACGGCGCUGGUUCAGACGGCGCUGGUGCACCGUGGAACGUCGUUGCAUCAGAUGGCGUUGGUGCGUCGAAUGCCUUUUGUGGGUCAGAGAUCACUGUAUCACCUGGUGUCUUCGGCGGAUCGCAUGCUGUUAGUGCACCAGAAUAUGCGAGCGUGCCGGAUGCUCUUGGUGCACCAAACGCUGUUGGUGCACCAGACUCCACACAGUCCGGAGACCUUGCGGAAUUGGCUAUGUUCAACAUGAGGAACCACCAUCAAGGCCAAGCUAAUGCUAUGAACGACGUUGAUAUGGUCUACGACUCGACCUUCGAUACGUUGCCCAACGACGCCUCCGACUUGCAAAACACUCAGGGUGUCUACGACAUCUUUGGUUUCGACACAUCGGACAUCUGGCAGUGGCAGUCCAGUCAAACAACCGGUCAAGAGAAUUCCUUGGGAAAUGUCGGCCCCACGUCCCACCUAGCUUCGAACGCCAUUGUCCCCGAUCCUUUUCAAGAAUUUUCCGGCUACGCCUCAUCUCAAUAUCCGGUCUCACAUGAGCGGGGUACAGUGUGCCAAAACGACUUCGUGCCGUAUAACACACCUCAGAAUCAGUCUCUUGCCUUCAACGUAGCUGCGGCGCCGGCUUCAUUCAACAUAUCCCAGAACACUCCUCCUGUCUUAAACUCGCCUGUCGGCUCUGGUGUGCCAUCGACGCCUAACUCAUAUUUCCAUGGCAUGACAUCCUCGACCUACGCCUCGUCCAAUGGCCCACUUUAUGGUGGAUCGUCUCAGGCCGGCGUCUUGCCUGGUUCUUCACUUUCUGGAGCUCAAUAUCUUGCCAACACUAACGUCUCCAGUCCAACCCCCGGUGCACUUGCUUCAUCUAGUGCACCGCUAGGCACGCUUUCUUCUCCUCACACUUUGCCCUCUACAGCACAGGCAACAUAUAGUCCGCCAUCGCCAUCCCCUCCGGUGGUGCCUGAACAUCGGAAUCUUGACACUUUUGUUACACUCCUGAACGGCGUUCAAAUGCGUUCAGCCAAUCUUCCUUCUGCGGCACCUUCUGCUGUCUCGCCUAUAGCAUCCCCCGUGGCAUUCACACCAGUAUCUUCGGCGUUGCAUGUACUGCCAUCGGAUGCCAACACUCCCCCCAGCACCGGCCAAGCCUCCGUCGCCAACGUUCAUCUACAGCAGCAGGCGUUUUCUCUGGCCUCUGUCCCGCACCCCGCGUCCUCCCCACCUGCAGCCGAUGUUCCUACGCAGCGGCUGGUGUCUUCUCCACACCCCAUGAUACAGACACCAGGGACGGAGACACAGCAUCUUCCCGAUAUCUCCAACGUAGGAUUGGCACCGAGUCGUCCGCAACGCAACCGUAAUAAGGAAUACAACCCCAGAAAGGCUGAUCAAGCGAUCGGCGGCCCGUGCAUUACAGCUGAUAAGGAGAACAUUAAGCCAGACCCUCCGUGUCCGAAGAAGAGGAGUCGUGCCCAAAAAAUUUCAAGCGGGUGA